CUACCAAGUCACACCUGUGGAAAUCCAGGAAGGCUCCAGAAUGGAAUCCAGCAGGGGACGAUGUUCAGCGUGGGCGACAAAGUGCGUUACAGCUGCAACCCAGGCUUCUUUCUGGAGGGCCAUGCACUACUCACUUGCCAUGCAAGUUCGGAAAACACUGCCUCCUGGGACUUCCCUCUGCCCUCCUGUCGAGCUGAUGAUGCAUGUGGUGGGACCCUUCGGGGGCAGAGUGGAAUUAUUUCAACUCCCCAUUACCCUUCGGAGUAUAACAACAAUGCUGAUUGCACGUGGACCAUUCUAGCAGAGCCCGGGGACACCAUCGCUUUGGUGUUUAUGGAUUUUCAACUGGAAGAUGGAUAUGAUUUUUUAGAAGUUACGGGAACGGAGGGGUCAUCACUAUGGUUUACAGGAAACAACCUUCCUGCCCCUGUAAUCAGCAGCAAAAACUGGCUUCGGCUUCACUUCACGUCAGAUGGAAACCACCGGCAAAAGGGUUUCAGUGCUCAGUAUCAAGUCAAAAAGCAGAUGGAAAUGAAGUCCCGAGGAGUGAAAUUGAUGCCAAGCAAAGACACAAACCAGAAGACAUCUGUGUUAACACAGGUUGGUGUGUCCCAGGGGUAUAACAUGUGUCCGGACCCUGGGAUUCCAGACAGAGGCAAAAGAAUAGGAAAUGAUUUCCGGCUAGGAUCCAGCGUCCAGUUCACAUGCAAUGAAGGCUAUGAUUUGCAGGGCUCCAAAAGCAUCACCUGUAAGAAGCUGAGCGACAUGAUAGCCGCUUGGAGUGACCAGAGGCCGGUGUGCAGAGCUAGAAUGUGUGACAUGUACCUCCGAGGCCCCAGUGGCGUUAUCACAUCUCCCAACUAUCCAGUUCAGUACGAUAACAACGCAUACUGUGUGUGGGUGAUAACAGCAGUCAACCCAGCGAAGGUCAUCAAACUCACCUUCGAAGAAUUCGACUUGGAGAGAGGAUACGACACGCUAACGGUGGGAGACGGAGGGCAAGUUGGCGACCAGAAGAGUGUGCUUUAUGUUUUAACAGGUACAUCUGUCCCUGAUCUGAUUGUCAGCACCCAACACCAGAUGUGGCUUCUUUUCCAGACAGACAGCGUCAGGAACUUACUCGGCUUCAAAGCAACAUAUGAAGAAAUCGACCAGGGUGGUUGCGGAGAUCCGGGAAUCCCAGCCUACGGCAGGAGACAAGGAUCGACGUUUCGCCACGGGGACAUGUUGACGUUUGAAUGCCAGCCUGCAUUUGAACUGAAAGGACAGAAAACAAUCACUUGUCAAAAGAGUAGCCAGUGGUCCUCUCAGAAACCAGUCUGUGUUUUUUCCUGCUUCUUCAAUUUCACCACCCCCUCUGGAAUCGUUCUGUCUCCUAACUAUCCUGAGGAAUACGGCAGCAGCUUGCAUUGCAUCUGGCUGAUCAUCGCGAAGCCCGAAAGCCGGAUCCACUUGGCGUUUAACGAUUUCGACGUGGAGCCUCAGUUUGACUUCUUAGCAGUCAAAGACGGCGGGACUGCUGAGUCACCCGUCUUGGGGACUUUCUCAGGAGGCCAGCUGCCUUCUUCUCUGACCAGCAGUGGGCAUGUCGCCAGGCUGGAGUUCCAGACUGACCACUCCACAGAAAAGCGAGGUUUCAAUAUCACAUUUACCACUUUUAGGCACAAUGAAUGUCCUGAUCCAGGUGUGCCCGUCAAUGGGAAACGGUUUGGUAACAGUCUUCAGCUUGGUAGCUCGGUAUCUUUCCUGUGUGAUGAGGGAUUCAUAAGGACAUACGGCUCAGAAACUGUCACCUGUGUCUUAAAGGAAGGCAACGUGGUUUGGGACAAUUCUGUGCUGAGAUGUGAAGCUCCAUGUGGUGGCCACCUGACCUCUCCAAGUGGAAUGAUCCUGUCCCCAGGCUGGCCGGGUUUCUACAAGGACUCUCUGAACUGUGCAUGGGUCAUAGAAGCUCAGCCUGGAUAUCCCAUAAAAAUUACAUUUGACAGAUUCAAAACGGAGGUGAAUUAUGAUACGUUGGAAGUGCGUGACGGCAAGUCCUAUUCAUCGCCAUUGAUUGGGGUCUAUGAUGGGACUCAGGUCCCCCAGUUCCUCAUUAGCACCAGCAAUUUCCUCUAUCUCCUCUUCACCACUGAUAAAAGCCACUCCGAUCUUGGCUUUCAGAUCCGUUAUGAAACGGUAAAGCUUCAGUCGGAUCACUGCUUGGACCCUGGGAUUCCCGUCAAUGGGCUACGACAUGGGAAUGACUUCUAUGUUGGGGCCCUGGUGACCUUCAGCUGUGACUCAGGCUACACUUUGAGUGAUGGUGAAGCCCUGGAAUGUGAACCGAAUUUUCAGUGGAGCAGGCCUCUUCCCAGCUGUGAGGCUCUUUGUGGAGGCUACAUCCGUGGAUCCAGUGGCACGGUCUUAUCACCAGGUUUUCCCGAUUUCUACCCAAACAAUUUAAACUGCACUUGGGUCAUAGAGGCAUCUCAUGGAAAAGGUGUGUUCUUCACUUUCCAUACCUUCCAUUUGGAAAGUGGCCACGAUUACUUGCUGAUCACGGAAAACAGUAGCUUCAGCCAGCCGUUGAAACAGCUCACUGGCUCCCGCCUGCCUGCCCCUUUCAGCGCGGGCCUUUUUGGGAACUUCUCUGCUCAACUCCGUUUCAUCUCAGACUUUUCCAUUUCUUAUGAAGGCUUUAACAUCACCUUUUCAGAGUAUGACUUAGAACCUUGUGAUGAGCCUGAGGUUCCAGCCUACAGCAUCCGGAAGGGCCUCCAGUUUGGCGUGGGGGACGUCCUGACCUUCUCCUGUUUCCCUGGGUACCGGCUAGAGGGCGUCUCGCGUAUUACCUGCCUGGGCGGUCGACGGCGUGUGUGGAGUUCCCCUCUGCCAAGGUGUGUUGCGGAAUGUGGAUCUUCCGUAACUGGCACUCAAGGUGUUCUGUUGUCUCCAAACUACCCCCUCAACUACAACAACAACCAUGAAUGUAUAUAUUCCGUCCAGACGCAGCCAGGAAAAGGAAUCCAGCUGAAAGCCCGCUCUUUCAACCUGGAGGCCAAGGACAUCCUCAAGAUUUAUGAUGGCAACAAUAACUCUGCCCGCUUGCUGGGCUCCUUCACCCGAGGGGAACUGUUGGGCCUCAGCAUCAACAGCACUUCCAGCACCAUGUGGCUUGAAUUCAUCUCAGAUGGCAACAGCACCAGUCAAGGCUUUGAACUGCAGUUUUCUAGUUUUGAGCUGAUCAAGUGUGAGGAUCCUGGUGUCCCACAGUUUGGGUACAAAGUCCGUGAUGAGGGCCACUUUGCAGGGAGCUCAGUCUCUUUUAACUGUGACCUUGGCUACACUCUGAAAGGAAGCCGUGCACUGGUCUGCUUGACUGGGGAACGCCGUGCCUGGGACCAGCCGCUACCCAUCUGCGUAGCCGAAUGUGGAGGCACUAUGAAAGGCGAGGCUUCAGGAAGGAUCUUGUCUCCAGGCUAUCCAACACCCUACGAUCACAACCUCAACUGUGUUUGGAGAAUUGAGGCGGAAGCUGGGUGCACAAUAGGGCUCCAUUUCAUGGUUUUCCACACAGAGGAAUUCCAUGACGUUUUGAGGAUCUGGGACGGGCCGGUAGAGAAAGGGAUCCUCCUAAAGGAAGCAAGUGGCUCCAUCUUGCCCAGUGAUGUACACAGCACAUUCAACUCUGUGGUCCUCCAGUUCAACACUGACUUUUUCACCAGCAAACAGGGCUUUGCCAUUCAGUUUUCAGUGUCCACGGCCACCUCCUGUAAUGACCCUGGGAUUCCGCAGAAUGGGAGCCGCAGCGGUGACAGCAAAGAAGCAGGCGACUCUAUCGUUUUCCAGUGUGACCCCGGAUACGCCCUGCAAGGGGAUGCCAAGAUUAGCUGCGUGCAGAUUGAGAACAGGUUUUUCUGGCAGCCCGAUCCACCCACCUGUAUAGCUCCUUGUGGGGGGAUCCUGACGGGGCCUUCAGGGGUGAUCCUGUCACCAAAUUACCCAGAGCCAUAUCCACCAGGAAAGGAGUGUGACUGGAAGCUGACUGUGUCUCCCGACUAUGUCAUCGCUUUGGUGUUCCACACCUUCAACUUGGAGCCAGGGUACGAUUUUUUGCACAUCUACGAUGGACCAAAUUCACUCAGUCCCCUGAUAGGGAGUUUCUACGACACCCAGUUGCCUGAGAGAAUCGAGAGCAGCAGCAACAGCCUCUUCCUGGCCUUCCGGAGCGAUGCCUCUGUCAGCAACACGGGAUUUGUAAUCCAUUACACAGAAAACCCCAGAGAAUCCUGCUUUGACCCUGGCUUGAUUAAGAAUGGCACCCGGGCUGGAGCAGAGCUGAAGCUAGGCUCAACUAUCACAUACUACUGUGACAGCGGCUACUUGAUUGAGGGGGCGUCCACCCUGACAUGCAUCAUGGGAGGAGAUGGGAAGCCUGUAUGGAACAAACCACGGCCUACUUGUACAGCACCCUGCGGUGGCCAGUACACAGGAUCGGAUGGUGUCGUCCUGUCUCCAAACUAUCCCCAGAAUUACACCAGCGGACAAGUGUGCCUGUACUUCAUCGUGGUACCCAAGGACUACGUGGUCUUUGGCCAGUUUGCCUUCUUCCAGACAGCUCUGCAUGAUAUCAUUGAAGUGCACGAUGGCCCCAAUCAGCAUUCCCGACUCCUCAGCUCUCUCUCCGGUUCUCAUACAGGCGAAUCGUUGCCCCUGGCUACCACCAACCAAAUCCUGAUCAAGUUCAGCGCCAAAGGCCAAGCUACUGCCAAAGGUUUCCAUUUUGUCUACCAAGCGGUUCCUCGAACCAGUGCCACACAAUGCAGCUCUGUGCCAGAGCCCCGGUAUGGGAGGCGGAUAGGCAACGAUUUCUCCGUGGGGGCUGUGAUCCGGUUCGAGUGCAGCGCUGGCUACGCCCUCCAGGGGUCCCACAGCAUCGAGUGCCUGACCAUGCCUGGUGCCCUCGCCCAGUGGAACUCCUCUGUGCCUACUUGUGUUGUGCCCUGUGGUGGAAAUUUAACUGAGCGGAAAGGCACCAUCUUGUCCCCUGGAUUUCCUGAGCCCUACUUAAACAGUCUCAAUUGCGUGUGGAAAAUAACUGUUCCUGAAGGCGCUGGAAUCCAGAUUCAGGUGAUCAGUUUCGUCACAGAACAGAACUGGGAUUCCUUGGAAGUGUUUGACGGUGGGGAUAACACAGCCACUAUGUUGGGCAGCUUCUCUGGCACAACUGUUCCUGCACUGCUGAACAGCACCUCCAACCAGCUGUACUUGCAUUUCUACUCUGACAUCAGCGUCUCUGCCGCAGGGUUUCACCUGGAGUAUAAAACCGUUGGCUUGUCCAGCUGCCCAGAACCCACCGUCCCCAGCAGUGGCUUGAAGACUGGAGAGAGAUAUUUGGUGAAUGACGUUGUGUCCUUCCAAUGCGAGCCAGGUUAUGCUCUCCAGGGACAUUCUCACAUUUCCUGCAUGCCAGGGACUGUCCGGCGCUGGAACUAUCCCCCUCCGCUCUGUAUUGCUCAGUGUGGUGGGACGAUGGAAGAAAUGGAAGGGGUGAUCCUGAGCCCUGGCUUCCCAGGAAAUUACCCCAGCAACAGCGACUGCUCAUGGCGGAUAUCCCUUCCGGUGGGGUUCGGUGCUCACAUCCAAUUCCUGAACUUUUCCACGGAACCCAAUCAUGACUAUGUGGAAAUCCGCAACGGGCCCUAUGACACCAGCAGCGUUAUCAGCAGGUUCAGUGGGACAGACCUCCCAGGUUCCCUCCUCUCCACAUCACAUGAAACUACAGUCUAUUUCCACAGUGACCACUCACAGAACAAGCCUGGCUUCAAGGUAGAAUACCAAGCCUAUGAACUCCAAGAGUGCCCUGACCCGGAACCCUUUCCUAACGGGAUUGUGAGAGGAGCUGGUUACAGUGUAGGCCAGUCCAUCUCCUUCGAGUGCCUCCCUGGCUACCAGCUGAUUGGCCAUCCGGUCUUGACCUGCCAACAUGGAACCAAUAGAAACUGGGACCAUCCCUUGCCCAGGUGUGAAGUCCCCUGUGGAGGAAACAUCACUGUACACAAUGGCACCAUCUACUCCCCCGCCUUUCCCAAUCAGUAUCCCAAUUCCCAGGAGUGCUUGUGGCUGCUCACAGUGUCGGUCGGGUAUGGCAUUUUCCUGAACUUCACCCUGCUGCAAACAGAGCCAUACAAUGACUUCAUCACUGUCUGGGAUGGGCCUCAGCAAACAGCCCCACAGCUGGGUGUUUUUACGGGAAAUUCAGCAAAGAAAGCCACACAGAGCUCUUCCAACCAGGUCCUCCUGAAAUUCUACAGUGAUGCAGCCAAUGGAGGAAUCUUUGCCAUCCAUUUCUAUGCCUAUCAGCUUUCAAGGUGUCAGCCUCCAACCAUGGUUCCCAAUGCCGAAGUCAUCACCGAAAAUGAGGACUUCAACAUAGGUGACAUCAUUCGGUACCGAUGUCUUCCUGGCUACACCCUGGAUGGAAAUGAAAUCCUGACGUGCAGGCUCGGUACCCACCUCCAGUUCGAAGGGCCUCCCCCGACAUGUGAAGCCCAGUGUCCAAUGAACAAGGUCCUGCCUGACUCCUGGGGGGUAAUUCUGAGUCCAGCAGGAAGCUACUCCCACUUUCAGACUUGCUCUUGGGUGAUCAAAGUGGAGCCCGACUACAACAUCUCUCUCUCCGUUGAGUAUUUCCUGAGUGAGAAACAACAUGAUGAGUUAGGGAUCUUCGAUGGUCCUUCGGGCCACAGUCCACUGCUGUUGUCCCUGAGUGGAAACUAUUCAGCCCCUCUCGCUGCAACCAGCACUGGGAAUAGAGUCUACCUCCGCUGGUCCUCUGACCGUACCGACAGCCAAAAGGGCUUCAAGAUUCGUUACUCAGCCCCCUACUGCAGCCUCCCUUCACCUCCUUUCCACGGCUCCAUCCUCAGCCACACUGGCCUGCAGCCAGGGAGCACCGUUCAGUUCGGUUGCGACCAUGGCUACCGUCUCGUCGGCAAGAGCAUCGCCACCUGUGUGAGAUAUCCCCAAGGCUAUUUCCACUGGAACGAAGCCAUCCCACUGUGCCAAGCUAUCUCUUGUGGAGUUCCUCGCGCUCCCAAAAAUGGUGUCGUUUUUGGAAAGGAGUACACAGUGGGCACCAAGGCUUUUUACCAGUGUAAUUAUGGCUUCCACCUUCCAGCCAUGGAAGAUUCAAGCGUGGAGUGCUUACCAAAUGGGCAGUGGAGUAAUGGAAACAAGCCACUCCCAUGUAUGGCGGUGGGCUGCCCUGAUGUCGGCAGCAUUGCCGUGGAGCACGGCAGGUGGAGAUUGAUCUACGAGACACAGUAUCAAUACAAUGCCCAGCUCAUGUUGGUCUGCGAUCCUGGCUACUAUUACAUGGGCCACCGUGUCAUCCAGUGCCAGGCCAAUGGGAAGUGGAGCAUUGGGGAGCCCAUGCCAACCUGCAGAAUUAUCUCCUGUGGAGAAAUACCUGUUCCACCCAAUGGAAACAAGAUUGGGACCUUGACUGUUUAUGGGGCUACUGCCAUCUUCUCAUGCAACACUGGUUACACAUUGGUGGGGUCACGUGUGCGGGAAUGCAUGGCCAAUGGCCUCUGGAGUGGGCUGGAAGUGAAAUGCCUAGCGGGUCACUGUGGCGAGCCAGGCCCCAUUGUCAAUGGACAGAUCAAUGGUGAGAACUUCAACUACCGAGGUAGUGUGGUCUACCAGUGUAAUCCAGGCUUCCGACUCAUUGGGAUGUCUGUCAGGAUCUGCCAGCAGGACCAUCAUUGGUCUGGAAAGACUCCUGUCUGUGUGCCCAUAACCUGCGGUCAUCCAGGCAACCCAGCGAAUGGCCUUACGCAGGGCAGCCAGUUCAACCUGAACGACGUGGCCAAGUUUGUAUGCAACACCGGGUACCUCUUGGAAGGGGCGUCUAGGUCCCAGUGCCUGGCAAAUGGCCAGUGGAGCAAUGCCUUGCCUGUUUGUCACAUUGUAAACUGUACUGACCCCGGGCACCUGGAAAACAGCGUCCGACAAGUGCAGCCAAGCGGGCCUCACAGAUACAGCUUUGGAACAACGGUCACUUAUCUUUGCAACCAUGGAUAUUACUUACUGGGUACCCAUGUCCUUACCUGCCAGGGGGAUGGCACUUGGGACCGACCCCUCCCACAGUGUCUUUUGGUUUCCUGCGGCCACCCUGGAUCCCCGCCUUAUGCCCAGAUCUCAGGGGAUGCGUAUACAGUCGGUUCCGUGGUCCGCUAUAGUUGCCUGGAAAGGCGAAGCCUGAUUGGCAAUUCCACACGCAUGUGUCAGCUUGAUGGGCGCUGGAGUGGCUCUCUGCCUCAUUGCUCAGGGAGGAUCCAAGGAUUGUGCGGUGACCCGGGGAUCCCUUCCCAUGGCAUCCGGCACGGUGGCAAUGACUUAGGUGCAGAGAGCACCGUCUGGUUUAGCUGCGAGCCGGGUUACACGCUCCGAGGGUCACUGCAACGUCUUUGUCAGGCCAAUGGGUCUUGGAGCGGCACACAGCCAGAAUGUGAAGUUAUAUCUUGCGGAAACCCAGGGACCCCCAGCAAUGCAAGAGUGGUAUCCUAUGAUGGCCUGGAAUUCUCAAAGUCCAUUGUGUACAAAUGUCGGGACGGCUAUUACUCUACAGGUGUGCUCAGUAGGCAUUGUACUGUCAAUGGAACUUGGACUGGGACUGCUCCAGAGUGCACAGUGAUAAACUGUGGUGAUCCUGGUGUGCCAGCCAAUGGCAUUCGCCUGGGCAGCGACUUCACUUACAAUAAGACUGUUGUCUUCCAAUGUAUGCCCGGCUACACCAUGGAGUCAGACAGGGCUGCUGCACUGACCUGCACAAAAGACCGGACCUGGAACAACACAAAGCCUGUCUGCAAAGCUAUCAUCUGCAAGCCUCCUCAAGCCGUCCCCAACGGGAAAGUUGUGGGUUCAGAUUUCACCUGGGGCUCCAGCAUCAGCUAUGCCUGCCUAGAAGGAUAUCAGCUUUCCCUGCCUGCUGUGCUGACUUGCGAAGGAAAUGGAAGCUGGACUGGAGAAAUCCCACAGUGUUUUCCUGUGUUCUGUGGCGAUCCAGGAAUCCCAGCUCAAGGAAGGCGUGAAGAGAGGGGCUUUACCUACCGCUCCUCCGUCUCAUAUUCCUGUAUCCUUCCACUGGUGCUAGUGGGCUCCCCUAGGAGGUUCUGCCAAUCCGACGGCACGUGGAGUGGAACUCAUCCCAGUUGCAUCGAUGCAACUCUUACAACGUGUGUGGACCCUGGCGUGCCCCUUUUCGGGACGCAAAACAAUUCCCAAGGUUACCAGGUCGGGAGUGUCGUUUUCUUUCGAUGUCAUAAAGGAUAUCUGUUGCAGGGAUCCACCACCAGAACAUGUCUCCCAAACUUGACAUGGAGUGGAGUGCAGCCUGAUUGUAUCCCUCACAACUGCAAAGAGCCGGAGAUGCCGUCCCAUGCCAACGUGGGUGCUCUGGAUGUGCCUUCCCUGGGCUACACAUUGAUUUACUCUUGCCAGAGUGGCUUUUAUCUCACCGGAGGAUCGGAGCACAGGACCUGCAAAGCUGACGGCAGCUGGACGGGGAAACCACCUGUUUGCCUUGCGGAUAUCCGACCCAGUGGCAGACCGGCGGGCACGGCUCGGGACCUUCCUCUCCCAAAGAUGUCAGUUCCUGCAGAUGUCUUUGCGAAGAACACAUUUUGGAAAGGCUCUUAUGAAUACAUGGGCAAGAAGCAGCCGGCCGUGCUAUCUGUCACCAGCUUUGACCCAGUGACCAGUAAGGUCAAUGCCACCCUAAUAGAUCAUAGUGAUGUGAAGUUGCAAGUGUCAGGGAUAUACAAAAAGGAUGAGAUGCAUCUCCUGCUCCAGGCGUACCAGAUCACAGGGCCACCGGAAGUGUUAAUGAAUGAUAAAUGGGCCUUAGAUGGUCGUGUCACCCCUGAGUUAUCGAGUGGGACGUUCGUCUACCAGGGAUUUGUGCACGGCAAAGGUUUCGGACAGUUCGGCCUCCAGAGGAUAGCCAGCAGAAAUGAUCAUGAUCCUGAGUCGAUGGGGCAUCCCUUCGCAUCCAACAGCAGUUCGGUGGCAGCUGCUAUCCUCGUGCCUUUCAUUGCCCUGAUUAUUGCAGGGUUUGUGCUGUAUCUUUACAAACACAGGAGGAGACCGAAGGUGCCGUUCAAUGGCUACGCUGGCCAUGAAAACACCAAUGUCCGAGGCACAUUCGAAAACCCAAUGUAUGACCGUAACUUGCAGCCAACAGACAUCAUGGCCAACGAGGCAGAGUUUACAGUCAGCACCGUGUGCACUGCAGUAUAGCACUUGCAAUCUUGCGCACAUUCUCCAGGAACAGGAGCCUCACCAGUGCCCAGUGGGCCUUCUGGUUCAUAUUUGCCCAUGAUCAUCGCUCCCCCAAAUGGAGGGGCUGUGGUGUUGACGUGGUGCCUUCGCGCUGAUCCAGAGAAAGAGGGAGAGAGACUGCCUUUCUAUCCAUCACUGCUCUGCAUCCUCAUUGCCGAUCUGUCCUGCUCUGCAGUUGAAAAUCAAGUCAACCAAAGCAUUCCCUCCUGCCCAAGUGUGGAAGGCGAGGGGAGCAGACGCUGCUCCCGUCAUGCUUCUCCACCUCUGUCUCCCACCUGAUCCUGGCCAGCAUCAGUGCUCGCUAACUCUGAGGCAGAGAGACCAGAGACUGUCCCGCUGCAGUGGAUUAUCGCCUUCUGGUGAAUAUCUCCUGGUGACCUGGAGAAGCCAAACAGUAUUUGUCCCCUGGUUAUGGGGCUAUGGAACGGACCUGCCAGAGAAGACAGCUCGCCAAUCCAUCAUGUCUGAGAAGGCCCCCUGAAUGCACAGAGCUUGCGACACAAUCGUUUUGAACUGAAAUGGCAGGUUUUAACAAAAGGAGAAAUGGUUGUUUUGUCUCUGUCUAUCCCCUCCUCCCCCGCCACCACCUGCAUAUUUCAUGCAAACAUUCUACCACAAAGUUCUGAGAUUCCUGCAAAGCCUGUCCCUCCUCUCCACCAGUUCUAGGCAUCCUCUUGUUUUGUGUUGUAGACGGGCUUUCCUGUUAUUACCUUACGAUCUGCUGCAUUUCCUUGUUCGGGUUUCAGAUGUCAGAUCCGUUCCAACCCUGCCUUUUAAACCGCCGCUGCCGUUGCUGCAUUGCCCUCGCUAGCUUUGGCCAGACAGCCAGAAAGGAAGGGCUUUUUUCCCCCGUAGCUUGAUCCUAGCAUGAGAAUUAGACAGGGGUUUUUGCUUGGCUGUUGCAGGGAACCCAAUUCAUGCAUUUAUUGCAAGUCUGUUCUGUUUUGCCUUCCUUCAAAUUGCCUACUUUGUCGUUUGACAUUUCUUUCCCUCUUGCUCUCCCUACAACCCUGGCAAACAGUUCUGUUACCUUUGGACUGCCCUCUGGAAUGGACUGCAUGAGGGUCAUAGUCAGCAAUUAGAUAACAUCUGUGGCAUCACCAAUUUAUUUUAUUUUUCUGAUUGGUUUGCUCCAGAGGCAGUGUGUCAUUCUGUACCACCCCAACAGGAGCUCUCAUACACCAUUCCAACGUUUGCCCAUGAAACUGGCAAAAUAAUCAGCCAGGGUGCUUCCAUCCAACCCCACCAUGAACCUUUCCACACCACCCUUCAUUAAAUGUUGAGCUCUGGGCUCCUCUCACUGGGACAGGAGGGCACAGUUGACCUGCCAAGGCAAGCCAGUGUGCCGGCUGAGCCACUGAUUCACAUCUUUUACCGUAAGGACAGGAUCGUGAUCUGCUAUCUGGAUGAUGACUUUAAUGCUGAUUGUAUUUCUCGUUGGGUUGAAGUCAAAAAAGCAUUGUGGUUGGAAGGAUUUCCACCAGUGGAGCAUGGAACAGCAUUUCAGAGGCGUCUGGGGCUGCAGUGAGAACUGGGGUAAGACGGUCAUGCUUUGCUGGUGGAAAUCCUUCCAGCCAUAGAAAGGCUGUUGUAUCCAAGCCGCUGUCUGGAGUUCAGCCUUCUACUUGCUCAAGCGUUAGGUUUGUUUCGCACAGUGGUUUUGCAGUAAGCAAACCCUGCUUUCUGAAAUCCUUUUGAAUCUGACUGUUCCAGGCCUACUGCACACAAAACAUAUGAGGCUACUAAUACAUAGGUGAACGCAGCACAUUAAAUAAGACCAUCUUAUUGUGCAUUCGCACAUCGGUCAGCCAGUGAUAUAAUGAAAGCAACAAACGUUGCUACGGUAUCACGUCGUAGGGUUCUUUCUUUUCUUUUCUUUAUUGACUUCAUUUUUACCCCGCCAGUCUCCACAAAAGGGACUCCAGGAGAUUUUGCCUAAUUCUCCUCUCCUCCAUGUUAUCCUCACAACAGUCCUGUGUGGUAGGUUAGGCUGAAUGUGUGUGACUGGCCCAAGGUCAUGCAGCAAGCUUCCAUCACUGUGUGGAGAUUCAAACCUGGCUCUUCAAGGUCUUAGUUCAACUCUCUACACCAGCCUGACUCCUGUUUUUUUCCUGGAUCAUACAAAGCACACUUUGAGUUGGAGCGGGGUUAACAAAAGAACUACUGAGUGACAGCAGUCCUGCUCUUCUUGUGAAAGAGUUUUUGGCUACUCUAGUAGGCAGACCAGUUUUAUUGGGGUGCUGUCCUGCUUCCAUGGUGCAACUUGGCUGGUGGGAUAGAGGCAGCCAGAGUCUCAUCUACCAUUCUAAACCAUUUUGGAGUGUGUGAGAAUUCCGUCAUUCCUUCAUCAUCCUCACUCUACCUAUAAACAAAUCAUGGUUGUCACUGGGAAUUAGUUCUCUAGCAUUUUUCCCUUUCAAAAAGCAAGUGGGAAGGACCCCAAUUUGGUUUGGGAUGAGAGAUAGAAAGAGGAGUUAAACCUUUCCCACCACAUAUUUUUGUGACCUGAAAUGAAUCCACGGUGCUGCUCUUUGCUCCAUUGGAGUCAAUGUUAGAGGUGUUCAACCAGAUAUUGCUGGCCUGAUGGCGGUAGGAUUGGAUCGGCGAUAUACGAUAGUGCGAACACAUUCUUCGUAUUUCCUGGUUCCAGUAUUUCACUUCUGCUAAAUAUCAGAAAUCUCAAGAAUUGUAUCAGGAGACCUGUCUGUUCUGCAGCCUACCUGCAAAGAGGAAGGGGCAUUCUCCAGCUCGUCUUCUGUGCACAAGCUCUUUAAGAAGAAGAAAAAAGAAGAGUUGGAUUUAUAUCCCCCCUUUCUCUCCUGUAAGGCGACUCAAAGGGGCUUCCAAUCUCCUUGCCC